AUGGCAGAAUUUGCGAAAAAACUAAUAACUAGUAAAGAUGUGCAAGAACGCUGUAAUGAUUGGGUAGAAUCGCAAAAAAAUUUUACGUAUGCGGAUGAAACACAGUGUAAAAGAAAACAAACAGAUGAUGAUGAUAGUUAUAAUACUGAUUCCGAAUUUGAUUCCGUAUCAGAAUGUGGUACAAAAAGAAGAAGAGUUGUUCUACCGUUAAAACGAGAAGUUUAUCAUCUUUCCUGCGAAUGGAUCAAUUGUAAAUACAAAGCCAAUCAUGUUGAGAGAUUUGUAAACCACGCGGGUGGACAUGUGUCUGACUUAAGUACGCGGACCAAUGAAAAAGGCAUUAAUGUUUACGUAUGUCAGUGGAACGGUUGUUUAUACGAAAGUAAUGAUCCCGAUGAGAUUUCUAGGCAUGUAAACUAUCAUGCUUAUCAUACAAAAUUAAAAUGCAUCGGAUCAAAUAUUCGUGCCAGAAUUAAAUUACCUAAAUGUCAUAGAGAUUCUGAAUGGAAAAAUGUUGUAGACCUUCCAGCACCUCUUCUUUGUCGUUGGGAAGAGUGUUUAAAACGUUUCAGGAAUUAUCAGUUAUAUUUGUAUCAUGUAGCUGCUCACAUUGAGGAAGGCCCAAGGGGUAACAAAGUUGAAGGAGGGUUAGAAUGCAAGUGGACGGGUUGCAGCAGCUUAUAUCCUAAUUUAUACAAAUUAAGGGAUCACAUACGGCGUCACACAAAAGAAAAAAUUGUUGGUUGUCCUGAUUGUGGUGCUACUUUUGCUUCUAAUACAAAAUUUUUUGUACACUGCAAACGACAGAUUCCAAUUGAUGUUCAGGGAUUCCAGUGCUCUCACUGCAAUAAAUUUUAUCCCACUGAAGGAAUUUUGAGGGAUCAUGUGAGACUUCACGUUUUUAACUAUAAAUGUAGCCUUUGUGAUAUGAGCUGUGAAUCACCAGCUAGUUUGGCUAAACAUGUUAGAUAUCGACAUGUUUCUACCAGGAGUUUUCCCUGUCAGCUUUGCAGUCAUGCUGCCAAAUCUCAACAAGAUCUAGAUUCCCACAUGACAGUUCACACAAUUGGACCUAAUUUUUCAUGUCACUUUGAAGGAUGUCUAUAUAAAUGCAAGGGUGCAUAUACUCUUGAUAGGCAUAUUGAACGAGUUCACUGUAUGCAAGUACGAUGGUAUUGUUGCCAUGAAUGCCCAAUAAAAUAUAGAAAAAGCUAUAGGUUGACAAAGCAUUUAAUUGAGGCACAUAGAUUGCAAUUACCUAGUGGUCAUACAAGAUUCCAAUACACUCAUGAUGAAGAUGGUUGCUAUAGAUUACAAAUGGUUAGAUAUGAAGCCAUUGAAGAAGAAAACAAUCCUUCUAUAAAUCAACCAAAAAUACAGGAUAGAAGAUUUAAGAUUAAAUUAAAUAAAAAUUCUAGUAUGCCCCAAAUUGAGAUUCUUGAAGAUUUAGAUGAACAAGGGGAAGAAGAUGAAGAAAAAGAAACAGAAAAGAAGUCAGAAGAGAAAAGUUAUGAAAGAAAAUCGAUGCCCGUUAUUUCAAACAUUCUAAUAUCUAUUGAUGAAACUGAUGCUGAAGGAAAUAUAAUUAGAAGUAGAACUGUAGAAGCACAGGAAACUAUGGAAUUACCACCUUCUGAAGGACCACCAAUAAUAUUAACAUAG